AUGAGGAAGAAGCUCGGCACCCGGUUCCCUGCGGCUCGGAUCAAAAAGAUUAUGCAAGCAGAUGAGGAUGUUGGAAAGAUUGCACAAGCGGUGCCUGUUUUAGUCUCGAGGGCUCUAGAAUUGUUUUUACAAGAUUUAAUUGAUCGGACCUAUGAAAUUACUCUUCAAAGUGGAGCAAAGACACUGAAUUCCUUCCACCUGAAGCAAUGUGUGAAGAGGUACAGUUCUUUUGAUUUCCUAACUGAAGUUGUCAACAAGGUACCAGAUCUUGGUGGCGCUGAUUCCUGUGGAGAUGAAAGAGGAUUACCUAGAAGAAGAAAGUCAAAUGGCAGUGACCCAGAGAAUGAUGAAUCAAGAUCUAGUAAAAUGGCCAUAAGAAAUGCAAACAUCAGCCCCAGAGGACGUGGGAGGGGUCGAGGCAGAGGGCGAGGUCGGCCACCAACAAAGAGAAAGGAAGUUGGUUAUGUACAAUUUGAAGAUGAGAGCAGCAUGUUUGCUGAACAAAGUGAACCCUUACCAGGAGAGGAAACAGUUCCAGAGAUCAAUAAUGGCAAUGCGAUCAUGCCUCAAAGCACGCAACCUCCGGUAGAGGCUCCACCAACAGCCCCUGCACAAGCUACAAGUUCUAAGGUGGAAGAAGCGAACACCGAUCAUCAGUCAGAUUGGCCUAUGCCAGAUGCCAUCGGAAACAUCGGUGUCGGGCCAUCUGGUUUUGGACAUCUGACAGUGCAGGUUGAUGAAGACGAGGACUACGACAAUGAGGAUUAG